UCGCUUCACACUCUGGCGACCAUGAGCAGAGCAGCCCACCUGAAUACUGAAACGAACGAAGACUCUGAUUUCUUCUAUUUCCUUUCAGUCUCGUAUCUUAUCAACCAUACUGUUUUCAUUUUUUUUUUCCUUCCUUUUCCUUACUUUGUGAAUUGAGAUGGAGGUUUCAGUAAUUGGAUGUUCUCAGGUGAAGAUCGGAACUACCGAUUCACCUUAUUGGAAGCUUGGGUUUUUUAGUUCCAAGCAGAUUUUCACCAGAAAAAAUAAGGUUUGUUUUAAUCUUGCUAGAAGAUGGACAACAGCUGAAAUUCAAGUCUCUCUCAAGGCAACACAACCGGAGGUUUCCGGAUUGGAGAAAAUUGCCGGAGAGAGAGCGAUGCCGAAAGGAUCGAAGCUAGAGGAUGAAUUAAGCUUAUUUGUUGGGCUUCCUCUGGAUGCUGUUUCCCACAGCAACACACUGAACCAUGUAAAAGCAAUCGGGGCAGGGCUGAAAGCUCUGAAACUUUUGGGGGUAGAAGGGGUCGAAUUUCCCAUCUGGUGGGGGAUAGCCGAGAAGGAAGCCAGAGGAAAGUACGACUGGUCGGGAUAUCUUGAGCUUGCAGAGAUGGUCCGAGACGCGGGUCUCAAGCUUCGCGUGUCUGUCUGCUUCCAUGCCGCCAAACAAGCCAAAAUUGAACUCCCUGGUUGGGUGUCAAAGAUUGGUGAAGCACAACCAGACAUCUUCUUCACCGACAGGUCGGGACGGCGCUACAAAGAGUGUCUGUCGCUGGCGGUGGACGAUUUGCCCGUCCUCGACGGGAAGACUCCGGUUCAGGUUUACCAGGAAUUCCUGGAUAGCUUCAAAUCUUCAUUCUCAAACCUCAUGGGCUCUACAAUUGUGGAUGUUUCAGUGAGCCUGGGACCGGAUGGAGAGCUCCGCUACCCUUCUCGGCCGUCGGCGAGAGGUGGCAAGAUUACAGGAGCAGGAGAAUUCCAGAGCUACGACAAAAACAUGCUAAAGCAUCUGCAGGAACACGCCCAGGCGACCGGAAACCCCUUCUGGGGCCUCUCAGGUCCCCAUGACGCCCCCAACCACGACCAGUCGCCCUUCGCCAACACCUUCUUCAAGGAGAACGGAGGCUCAUGGGAGACCCCAUACGGCGACUUCUUCCUCACCUGGUACUCAACCCAGCUCAUGUCCCACGCCGACCGCCUGCUUUCCCUCGCCUCGACCUCAUUCUCCGACGCCCCUGUAACUCUAUCCGGCAGACUCCCACUCCUGCACUCAUGGUACAAGACUCGCUCCCACCCCUCCGAGUUGACAGCCGGUUUCUACAACACCGCCAACAGAGUCGGUUAUGACGCCAUAGCCGAACUCUUUGCUAGGAACUCGUGCAGGAUGAUAGUGCCCGGCAUGGACCUCUCCGACGCCCACCAGCCACAGCAAUCACUCGCUAGCCCUGAGUCGCUACGUUCGCAGAUCAUGGGGGCCUGCAGAAAGCAUGGGGUAAGAGUCUCCGGGGAGAAUUCAUCCCUGUCUUUGGCUCCGGAGGGUUUUGAACAGAUUAAGAAGAAUCUGUGUGGAGAGAAUGCGGCGGUGAUGGAUGGGUUCACUUAUCAGAGGAUGGGAGCAUAUUUCUUCUCGCCGGAGCAUUUUCCUUGUUUUACGGAGUUCGUCAGGAGUCUCAACCAACCCGGGUUACAUUCCGACGACCAGACGGCCAUGACGGAGGAAGGGGAGGGUGUUACUACUGUAACUUUAUGCAGGGUAUCAGAAUCGGAGAAGAAGCUCGAGGCGCAAGUCGCCUAGGAAGAAGAAGAAUCGGAUUAUCGUAGAUAAGUUAUAUACGACGACGAUAUCUGUAAAUGAUAGAAUAAAAGGGAGAAAUAAAGAUUAUAGAUAGAAUACUAAUAGUAUGAGUGUAUGAGAAGAGGUUUUAUUGUUUAUGAGUUUCAGUAAACAAAAAUAACGAGAUAUAUGUGUUAUUAGUAA